AUGGUGAUGUCGGCGGGUAGUGGGCAUGAGUGUAUGCCGGGCUACUCGCGGCACUCUGCUACCACCGACGAAUAUGCGGCUGCGGCGCAUGCACUACACGGUGCUGUGCCGCCGACGCAUCCGUGGAGUGGCGUGCCGCUCGGUAUGGUAGCCUGCGUGCCCCCUGCACCGCGGCUUAAUGCCGCACUUCCGCGUUUGGAACAUCCGUACAUGCACUUUGCGCCGGGGUACAAUCCUUGGUACCCGCCGCUUGCUGCCAUGCCGCUGCCUUCCCAAGGACCCUACGGCGCGCAAGGCAUCUAUGCGCCGGCGCCAUGGGGUGGCGCUAUGCCUUCCCAGCCUUUUGGCGCUCCCCCUCCGGGAUGGUACUAUGGGCCAUGGGCGGCUCCCACGUCCUAUGCCGUGUACGAUGCGCCCCACACGAAUUCUGGUGUGCCCGGCAUGGGUGUGCCUCCGAAUUCACUGUUUGCCCCGCCGAUGGAGCAUGCUGCGGAUCCAGAAUUUGCGCCGCUGGAUCUCGCACCGCCCCCCGACGAGAGGAGCAAGGCGGCUCUGGAGCACAAACCGGCCGUCCUUUUUGAAGACUCGGCCGUGUCACUCGCGUCGUUUGGCGCGGAGGCUGUGUGGCGAUUAAGUGCGACACUCUUGGAGUUAGGGACAAGCGCAGAGAAUCGCUCCAGCGAUCCGGAGCCACGCACGCACUUGGCCGCGCCACGCCCAAAGUCGCCGUCGGAGUUGGCCGGAAGUGACUCGGCCUUGUCGCCCAUGUCGCCGAUGAGUUUGUGCGAGUCGGAGCUCUUUGCCUCGCGCAUUGCAGCGUCGUCUGACUCGAGUCUGCCAAGUACGCCCAGUUCCGGGCCCACUUCGCCGAUGCCUACGUCGGAGGAUGUGUCUGACCGAAUGCGUACCUCGCUUGACUCGCUGCGUCUGGAGGAAAAGGAAGCUCGGCCCACUGCGCUGCACCGUCUUGUGCGGGCGAUGGGCACAGCUCCGGGAGCGUUCCCGUCGUUGGAUGCUUGUGUUGCCGUGCAUGCGCCCGAGAGCAGCGCACGCCGCGGCUCGAACGGGCAUCAUCGGCCGCGCACGCCGUUGAAACACAGCGGCGCAUUCCAAGGGGAGGUCAGCCCCGCCUUUCGCCACUUUACCCACCAGGUGCUUGUCCAAAUUCAGCUUUCUCCCGCCGCGCUCUUCCUUGCGCUGUACUACAUACAGAUGCUCCCUGAUGCCAUCACCGGCGCUGGAUCGACGUGUAACGAUGCCGAAACGGCCUUAGUCCUUUUGGCACAGCCGACGUCGACCGCGCCGUUUAAACUGCUCACGCUUGGGCUUAUGAUGGCGAACAAGUUUUUGGAUGAUAAUACGUUUCUCAACAAGACCUGGCAUGAGGUAACUGGGAUUCCUUUGCAGGAGCUUAGCCAGAUGGAGUUGUAUUUCCUUUGUCGGACCCAGUUCCGCCUCUCGCUUUCGGAUCCAGCGUGGAUCGCGCAUUUGCGUACGAUUCGCGAGCAGGGGCUUGGCUUUUCCGAUGGACUGGACGACUCAGGGACGAGUAUAAAAGAGUUGGUUCGACGGGCUGUGGAUCCGAUGUUGUGUUGA